GGAAAAGAGAUUAACUUAUAGCCACGAAUACAAUACUUACAAUAUGUUUUGAAAGGGAAGUCGAACAUAAUAUGUUGAUAUUUAGGAAUACAAUUUUAGCUGUGUUUUUCGCAUAUCCUCUGUUCAAGGUGUGUCGGCCGACUGCUGUGAUGCCUUGAACAUCAUAACAAGAGCAGAAUGGGGAGCAAGAGACCCAAAAUCCACAGAGAAUAUAACAGUGCCAGUGUCGACGUUUUUUAUUCACCAUACAGACACCAAUGGUUGUGAAACUCAGGAUGUCUGCUCUGCUCGAGUUAGGAGUAUCCAACGACACCACAUGGAUAUAAAAAAAUGGGCAGAUAUCGGAUACAGCUUUUUGAUUGGUGGAGAUGGUAAUGUAUACGAAGGCAGGGGAUGGAAAUUCGUUGGAGCGCAUACCUAUGGGUAUAACAGAGUUUCAUCUGCGGCAGCUUUCAUUGGAAAUUUCACAAGUCUGCUUCCAAAUGCCAAAGCAAUUAAAGCUGUUGAUAUUCUGAUCGAAUGCGGGGUCCACCGAGGAAAGAUCAAACCUAGUUACACGCUUCUGGGCCAUCGAGAUGCGAAAAAAUCGGAUACAAAGUGCCCAGGAGAUGCAUUGUACAGGGAAAUUCAAACAUGGACAAACUAUCCAGGUAGUGGCAAGACGAUCGACAGGGACAUCUGUGAGAGGUCGCAAGGACCAUCUGACCAAGAAAGCCAUUUAGACAUGUGUAAUGCAAGUGGAAAGUUUUGCGGCUGGCACCAGGAUGGUCCCUUGUUUUGGUCCAAACAACGUGGCCAAGCAAAUAGACCGGGGAUAACUGGUCCCAGUUCAGACAGCACGGGAUCUUUGACAGGUUACUACCUUCUCGCCGACGCAACUGAUAGUACUGCUUACAAAUCUGUCAAAAUGUAUUCCGACCAAUACCCGUACGACUCUUCUGAUCACAGCUUCUACUGUGUGGAUUUCCAAUAUCACAUGCAUGGGGACGAUGUUGGAACGCUUAGUUUAAAACUAGGACUUAACGAUAUGUGGUUCCAACGGUACCGGGAAACAGUCUGGCACAUAUCUGGUGACCAUGGCAACCGGUGGAUACGAAAGCGUGUAACAGUCGAAACUGCAAUCAGCAUCUUCGAAGGAAAAAUGCAUUUCGAAUUCAUCGCAACGUUUGGGGGAAGUUACAGCGGCGACAUUGCUUUGGAUAACAUCCGCAUAGGAAAGGGCCGGUGCGAAAUGGCAAGUACUGACGUGGCAACUUCAUGGCUAAGCAGCUCACAGAUGCAAAGUCUGAAGGAACAACUCAAGAUAGACGAAGGAGUUAAAUACACAAUCUACAAGGACUCUUUGGAUAAGUUAACGUUUGGUAUUGGUCAUCUGAUAACCAAAAAUGAUCCGGAGUAUGGAAAACCAGUCGGUACCCCUGUGAGUGAGGAACGGGUGGACGCGGUAUUCAAAACUGACGUUGCGGAAGCUGUAAAGCUAACCCAGAGCAUAUACAAUCCGGGGUGUCAGACCUGGCCAGGAGAAGUGAAGGAGAUUAUGGUCAACAUGGCAUUCAACCUGGGAGGAAACCUAAAGAAGUUCACGAAUCUCAAGACAGCUUUAGAUGAUCGGAAUUGGCAGAAGGCUGCAGAUGAAAUGAAGGACAGUCGGUGGUACACACAGGUCGGAAAGAGAGCGGUGCGACUUGUGGAGAGGAUGCGUAAUGUGAAGGAGAAAUAAUAACGUCAAGAAACGACAUUGUUGUUUAAAUAUAUAUUGUCAUGUUCUAAUUAAUGACAUCAUUGACUUUCAAAUCAUAUUUCUAUUUUGUAUACUUAUCUAUCGAACCUCGAAGUUUAGUGUUUAUCUGUUAACAGUUCUACCAUCCUCGACACCCCAGCGUAUCAUAAUCUAUAUGAUACCCUUUGCAAAUCAGCUGUUAAAAUCUCGUACUCAUGAAUAAUUAAUAAGGUGAAACCAGCCGCUUGAUUUGUCGCAUAAGACACACCUCAUUCGGUGCGGAAAUGGCCGAAAAGUUACGAAUGUAAUCUCGGUUCGAAAUAAUCCAAUGAGAUCACGGCUUACAAAUCGUUUUAGGCAGGAUAUUGUUAAAUAUGCCGAUAGCUCCUUUUUGUUUUCGGCUAUUUCAUUGGUCGGAAAAUGCAUAUGAAUAUUCAAAUUAUACGAAGUUUUCCUAGCCGUUUUGCCUACGGUUCCAUAGGUUUAUGACACGCUGGGGUGCCGAGGAUGCAGUUCUACAUAUAUACGUGUUCUUGUCCAUAAAUGUAAAUAUACGUUAAAUAAAUUAAACCUCUUUACUAAC